AUGUCGGCUACGGAGCAAGCACUCAGGCUGCCCGAGCUCCUGCUGUCGGUCUUCGAGCUGAUCCUGGCCAGCGACAGCAGCUUGGUGCCUACAACCCAGGUAAAUCAGGCCUGGUUCGACUGCGCCACGAGCUUCCUGUGGAGAAGAGUCAACUGCCGUGUGCUUCAUCGCGUGCCAGAGCAGCGACGCCAGAUCUAUGCCUCCAAGAUUGAGAGGAUCGACUUCGAUGGCGAGGAAGGCGAUAUCCACGAAGCCUUCAAAGGUCUUCAGUUUAACCACCUGAAAACAAUCACUCUAGAUUUCUUCAACCCCCCCAAAGGCGGUUCCACUUGUCUUCGACAAUAUGUCCAGCCCACUCUGCAGAACUUCCAUUUCUGCGGUGGCGAUCUCGACGAUGAGUUUCUCCUCCAGAUGAAGGCUACGUGUUCGCGCCUUCGGGUCCUCGCCAUGAGUCUCCCAGGACCUCGUGUUACCCCAUCUGCACUCUCAAGCUUCAUAUCGGGAUCCCAGUGCCUUGAGGAAGUGAACUUCAACGACAUGGAAGGCCUCCUCUCUGAUACUAUGCUCCUCGACCUGGCAGGAAGAAGCAAUCUUCUUUCUCUUAGCUGGGGAACAUUUAUUCCGCCGAGACUCCUCGCCCGGGUCUCCAAGGAAACACCUGCGCCGUUCAAGAACGUCCGCCAACUCACGUCAUCAGUGUCUACUUCUUCCGUCAUGUGGAUCUCGCAAAACAUGGUCCAUCUGACGCAUCUCAUUAUGAAGGUCGAGGAUUGCGAGCAAGAUGCAUUGCGACCUCUACCAAAGCUGCCAAAUUUAAAGCGGAUUAGACUCACAUUGGACGCAAAGACGGUGCUGUCGACGGAAAGCUUGGUGGCUCUGAGAUCACUCAGCAAACUGGAAACGCUCGACCUGGCAGCUAAGACCAGAGGCAUGAAAGUCUUUAAUGCGCGCGGCGGCACUUUUCAGAACCCCGACUUUCAGAAUCUCAUCUCCGGCUUGCCACUGUUGCGACAGCUGUCAUUGGUGAUCGAGGCACAGUUAUCCGUCAGGGCAGGCGCCCUUCUCGCGAAGCACUGCACUUUUAUUGAGGAAUGCAACAUCUUGAAGAAUUUUGAUACUCGAUUACUUAUGGCCCUGGCGCCCGAGGACAAGCCCAUGUUUCCGUUUCUGCUCAAGUUGAAUGUCCGCAGGGCUACAUUCGACCGCAAUGAAGAGCCUCAAACUCUCGAACAAUCCGCCGACAAACUAGUUGGUCUCAUAAUGAAAAACUGCCCCAAGCUGAGAGUGGUCGCCCCGAGUGUGCAUAAUCCGUACUCGAAUCUUCUCGCCCGGAAGUUCGAUAGCAUUAACCAGGCGGGGGAUCCAACGGUACCGACAUUUCCGAUGCCAGUAAUUGAUUAA